AUGAGGACCGCCAAGUGCCAGCUGAUGGCCACCAGCCUCUGCAUCAUGCUGCUGGGGCUGUCCAUCGCUACGCUGAGCACAGUCACCCACUACGGGCUGCGUUUCACCGUCAUCAGCGACAUCUCCCCCGAGAGCAACUCCUACCGGGUCAUCCACCAUGCAGCUUUCUACAUUGGCAUCUGCCUCAGCAUGACCCUGAUCCUCGCAGCCCUGCUGAGCUCGGCCGCCACGGUGCGGGAGUCGCAGUGCCUCACAGCGACGGGUUUUUUCUGCUUUGCUCUGGCCUUCUGCGGACUGAUACCAGCUGCCUGCUGGAGAUACGCACGCAGCACAGAGGUGGAAGACCGCAUGAUGGACGUGUACGACCUUGUGUAUGAGGAGGUGAGGAGGAACAUCUCCAGCUUCAGGAAGCACGAGCUGACUGCCAUCCACGAAGCAUUCCUGUGCUGUGGGAAGCACUCCCCAUUUGGGGACACAACUGCCGUUGAGCACAAGACGUGUCCUCCCAGUCAGGCACAGGCUGCCAGACAGGACUGCCUACGAGAGAUCCAGGGCUUCCUGAAGAAGCACAUGGACCUUGUCUCCACGCUCCUGGGCAUCACCAUCUGCUUCACGGUUUACGGGAUGGUUCUGACUUCAUUCCUCUGGUUCUCCAUCCACUUCAGCAACAACCUGGACCGGAAAGGCAAAUACAUCCUGCGAGCAAGGUAGAAACUCAUCUCCUGGGCUUCCCUACCAGGUAGAGCAAGCU